AGGGAUUCUACCGGGAGAGGUGCAUUGUGGGUGUUUGCAAGAUGGCGGCCAGAGUGAGCAUGCUGGUGUCAGGCUGCAGGCAGCUGUGGAUGUCGCGGUCACUGCAGCCCCCAGGCAGGAUCCCCGGGGGUCUCUCUGGGUAUGUGCACUCUGUCACACUGUGAGGAGGAGCUGGGACUGGCAUUGCUCACCCCCUGAAAGGGUGACACUGACAGUAUGCUCUACCUGUCUACCAUGGGCACACUGUUAUUAUUAUUUAUUAUUUAUAUAGCGCCAGCAAAUUCCGUAGCGCUGUGCAGUGUCUCACUGUACAUGUAAAUAUCGUGUAACUGUCAAUGUCAGUGUGUUGUAACAAUUUAUAUAUUGCAUGAGCAAGUGUUACACUUUAAUAGAAAUCUAAAGAAUUUGGGGAUUUUGUAUUAUUUAGCUCAUUGUAUCAGCAGUAAAUAAUUGUUUCAGUUUAAAAGUCACCCUAAGUUAUGGGUCGGCAACCUAUGGCAUGCAAGGCUGACAUUAGCCAGCCCAGAACUUAAUAACAGGCAACGUGACCCCUUUCAAAUCACUGAUGUGGUUAUGGUGCGUGACCAUUUAAAGAAGCCGUCUACACACCAUUCUUAUUUCUGUGCAAUGUAGUGGUUAUAGUGCUGUCCCACAGUAGGAAGUCAAACCAUUUUCAAACAAUUUGAUUCUUCCCCUGGGUGCUUCUGGUCUGGCUGCCACUUCUGAGGUCACUAAUGCAUAAGACACUAGUGAUGCUAAAGGGACACCUUAGGCACCAUCACUGCUUAAUCUCCUUAAAUUGUUUAUUUUAUCAAUAUUCCCCUGGUUGUGUCCUUUCAUUCAGCAUUAAACCUUUUUUAAAGGGUUACCCCAACUACCAUAACCACUUAACUGUUUUGAAGAGAUCAUGGUGGUAGGAGUUUGUAUGCAAAGUGUUUCUGCUUUUCAUGGCUAGGGGCUAGUUGCAGCACACACACACCCACCACCACUCCCUUACCCCCCUAACGUGUCCCUUUCAUUCUGCCUAUUUUUGGAUGGAAUUAAUUCGCUUACAUUGUCAGUUGAUGCCCUCAGCCAAUGAAUUCUACAAAAUUGAUAUAUCUAAUGCAGAUUUGAAACUUGUUCUUUAGAUAUAUAAAAGAACAUUAGAGCAACACUCUAAGUACCAUAAAUACUACAGCUUUAAUGUAGCAAUAAAUGCACAGGGAUAGUGUUGCCCUCUUUUAUUUGCUAAACAUUUUGACUGUAAAAAGCAUCUAAACUUGCAUGUAAUUCAGCACCUGGACAGUCUGCUGGUAGCAUCCAUCCUUCCCACGAAGAGAUCAUCAGGAUUGAUGAUCUAUGGAGCUAUUCAAGGCUUCUUCUCAUAGAGAAACAUUGUGGAUGCAAAUAUUGCGUAUCACUAGCGCACUGAGUCUAAGAGACAUGGAAUCAGAGAUUCUUGAUGAGAAGUAUUAGCAGAGUUCAGUAUCAUCAUGCUAUGUAGACUUAAGAAAAUUGAAGGUUGUAAAGAGUAAACCUUGCCAUUCGUGAAAUGUUUUACAUUGUCCAAGUAGAGGGACAGUAGUGUCUCUGCACCAAAACCUAUUGUUUUUGUUGCUUAGAGUGAUCGUUUAGUAAUAUAUAUUUCUAUCUUCUUCAAACGAUUGUAUUACAUAUUUGCAAAUGUUAGUAAUUGAUCUUUAAGAAUAGCUACAUUGGGAAAUUUUUCAUUUGGCUAGAAUUUUUUCAAUAUUGUCAGAUUUUCACAUUUUCAUUUGCUAUAAAAUAGAUGUAAAAUGAUUCAACUAUGCUUUAAUCUGAGCUUUACCACAUUAUUGUCAGCUUGCCAUUAGCAUAGUAGUAAAGAGUGCAAACAACCCACCUCCAAUGAUGUACAGGCUUCUCACACCCAUGCCACGCUCUAUAAUUGUUGGAUGCCAGUUACGUUAUUUGGAGGUCAAUGUGGUUAAGUUCACGUCUUCCAUUUAGGAACUCAAUCGUUAAUGAAAAGGAGAAACAUUAGGUAAAUAUUUGUUUUAAUCUAUACACGUAUUGGUGUUUUCACCACUGUAGUGUUUAAACUGAAUAUAGACCUUAGCCAGGGCACAAAAUAUAUACCAGCCAUUGGCAAGAGAAAGUCAGCCCUUUUGAGUAGAAAUUAUCCCUUGGUGAGUGUGCUAUGGACCAUCCAGGCUUUCAAUGGCAAAUAAGUUUUACGCCUGUCUCAUAGUGUAAGAGUGGAACUUUUAUUUCCUGCAUAAAUGAAUGUAAACCUGAUAUCUGUAUUGCUCAUGAAUGACAGGUUCAGUUAAAUACUGUUAUGGGAAUAGUAGAGCACAUAAGUGAGAUUAGAUUCCAGUGAUUACCUAUGCCUGUAGUGAAGUUUUAUUAUGCACAUGUAAUCAGGGCCGGUGCUAGGAUUUUUGACUACACAGGCGAAGAUGCAUUUUGACGCCCCCCCCCAAAAAAAAUAAAUAAACAAUGCAUCUUCACCUCUGUGUCUCGUAGCCCCCUUUUGAAUUUCUUACCCCCAUUAGUGUUGCAUAUCCACUCUCUUGAAUGUCUUACCCCUUUGUGCCUUACACCCCCCUUUAGUGUGUCUCCUACAACCCCUCUUAUGUAUUUCUUACUUCCCCGCCAGCCCCUAUCUAUCUCUCUUUUUCUCCCACAUAGACAUAGAUACAGGCUAAAAUACAUACAUGCACAAAUACACAAACAUACAGACACACAACCAUACAAGCACACAGAAAUAAUUUUUCAGGCACACAGUCACAAAGAUAUACAGACACACAGUCAUAAAAGGCACACAAACAAACACAGACAUACAUUCAUACAGACACAGGCAUUCACAGAAAUACAUACACAGACAUAAAGAAACAGAGAUAGGCAUACAGAGACAUACAUACACAGACAAACAAAGAACCCUGCACACUGACACCGUGUAAAUGCUCCGGCCAUCAACAGAGGUGGAUGCUCCAUGUCAGGCAGACAUUGCUGGAUCCACCAGUAAAGUCUUCAAAAGGAAUAAACACAGGCAACACUCCAAUAGUAAGGAUGGUAUAUUUAUUGGUAGGUGAACCACCCCAUAGAAAGUGUGAUGUUUCAGCUCAUGCAAUAAGGCUCUGCUGAGCCGAAACGACGCACUUUAUACCAUCCUUACUAUUGGAGUGUUGCCUGCGUUUAUUCCUUUUGAAUACAUUUACACAGUCAUACAGAGACAUACAUACUGUAUGUCUCUGUAUGACGGUCUGUGUAUGUACACAGGAUGGCUAAAAGAUAGAUCCCCAUCUGUCGUGCAACUUCAACAAUGCGUUGAAAGCUGGGGCUCUACCGAUUCCCCAUUCUUGCAGGAUUGUAUUUAACAUGGAGCAGUAUUUGUGUGUUUGACUGUAAGCAUGUGUUUGUAUGGAGUAUGUUUGUAUGAUUGUAGCGGUGUGUUUGUAUGUAGUGUUUGCAUUUGAAUGCAAGCAUGCAUUUAUGUGUAGUGUUGGUUUUUGAACGCAGGUGUGUGUUUAUAUAUAAUUUUGGUGUCUGAUACAGAGGUGUGUUUGUAUGUAGUGUUGACAUUUGAAUGCAAGGGUGUGUUUGUAUGUAGUGUUGACGUUUGCAUGUAGGUGUUUAUUUGUGUGUAGUGUUGUGUUUGAAUGCUGAGAUAUAUGCACAUAUACACAUACACUGCCACACACGCACACACUGUGAUACACAUACACAAAGAUACACACACUGACACAUGCAGAUAUACAUAUACACAAACUGAUACACAUUCAGAUAGACACACAGGUACACAAAAACACUGACAGACAUACAGAUAAACACACAGUGACAUACAGACACACAUACACAAUGAUAGGGAAGAAGACACACAAAGACACACUAACAGACAGACACACACACUAACAGACAUUUAGAUACACACAGACACAUGGACAGAGACAUAUACAUACACACACUGACAGACAUGGAUGCACACACACACACUGACAGACAUAGAUACACACACACACACACUGACAGACAUACACACACACACACUGACAGAGAUAGAUACACACACACACUGACAGACAUACACACACACACUGACAGACAUAGAUACACACACACACUGACGAGACACACACACAGACAGACCUUGGAGACACACUGACAGACAUAGAUACACACACACACACUGACAGACAUAGAUACACACACACACACACACACUGACAGACAUAUACACAAACACACACUGACAGACAUAGAUACACACAGACACACUGACAGACAUAUACACACACACACACUGACAGACAUAGAUACACACAGACACACUGACAGACAUACACACACACACACACACUGACAUACAUAGAUACACACACACACUGACAGACAUAUACACACACACACACUGACAGACAUAGAUACACACAGACACACUGACAGACAUACACACACACACACUGACAGACAUAGAUACACACAGACACACUGACAGACAUACACACACACACACACUGACAGACAUACACACACACACACACACACAGACAGACAUAGAUACACACACACUGACAGACAUAUACACACACACACACUGACAGACAUAGAUACACACACACACUGACAGUUAUAUACACACACACACACACUGACAGACAUGGAUACACACACACACUGACAGACAUGGAUACACACACACACACACACUGACAGACAUGGAUACACACAGACACACUGACCAACAGGUUCAGGAGGGGGGCUUACCUGGGAUCCAAAGUGCUGCCUGAGGUAGUUGGGAGUUGGAGGAGCUGGUCCUGCCCAGCCCCCCUCCUCUCUGCCUUCUGCUGCCCUAGUCUUGUUGGGAGGACUUCCUCCCAUGCUGAAUAGAAGGGGACGGUGGUAGCUCCGCCCCUGCUGGGCACCAGCCGCGCUGUGUGCUACAGAGGGAGCAGGGAUAUGACGUUCAUAUCCCCGCCCCCUCCACACAGUCCGCGGCACUGCAGGUUGGCGCUCGGCCACGCUACAAGAAGUGACCGGCAGGAGAGGGGAGCUGUGCGCUUCUCUCCUGCCGGCCACCCGGACAUUUGCGCCCCCGGGCCGGUGCGCCCUAAGGCGGCCGCCUGUGCCGCCUUAUGGACGCGCCGGCCCUGCAUGUAAUAUUCAGUGUACUUUUUUUGUAAAACUAAAUCUGACUGCAUGUUACUUUAAGCAGAAUGGGGUGGACAUUUUUAUGAUACAGUAUCUGUUAUAAGCCAAUUUGUUGAGGGAUAACUAAAAAUUGCUAAUGUGCCCAUGUAUACUAUAUAUAUUUAUUUUUUGCUGUGCAUGCGUAUAGAGGUAAGCUUGCAAUGCCACAACAGCAAUAGUAAACAGUAUUGAAUAUUACGUCCAGAAAUAUAGUAGUAUUGCAUUUGCUAUCAAAGCGCAUUUUUAGAAAAAGAAAGUCAGAUGUAUACUGUUUUUAUUUUUGUUAUUACAGUAUAUUUUUUCAUGCCGUGAGGAAAAGCACAUCAGAAAGUCCUGCUUUGCAACAAGAUGCAUCGAUUCCUUUAUCUUCAGUUUGUAGUGGACUUCAAGAGUUCUUUGAUGACCCCAAGAACUGGGGAGAAACAGUAAAGUCUGGUUAGUUUUCUUUUAUAUUGCUUCAAAUUUUAAAGUUAUUCAGGUAAAUGGAUUGUACUGUUUAGAGGGAGGUGAGACUUGGCAUUCACAGGGUGGGUUCUCUUGCUAAUCCAUCACUAUUAAGAUAAUUUUAUGCCAGUUUCGGAAAUCCUCUGAUUUUGGCAAUGUACUUAUACCUGGGCCUUCGGUCUAUGACCAGACUGCCAGACGGCAAGGUGGGCUGACGGCAGGGCGGGCUUAAGAUCGCACUCCCGCGAUCUCUGCUGUUUUCGAACUUCCGGGAAAAGCAGGUAGUGGCAGCCAUCUUGGAUGUGGCAAAAUGCCGCAUAACCCCAAUUUUGUUCUCGCGGAACACCAAUUGGGAAAUGCUGCACUAUAGCAUAAGCAAUCCAAACAUGUAUUCCUAACUCUGCAAUUGUAAUAUGCCUGUUUAGGUUACCUGUGAGGGUGGGAAAGACGAGUUACUUACCUUUCAGCCCUCGCUGGACUGUUCUCCAUCCUGACACUCUGCCUCAUUGGCUGAGAUCAUCAAGAUUAAUCAUCUCAGCUAAUCCAAUGUUUCCCCAUAUGGAAACAUAGGGAUGCUAUUUCACAUGCGCAAAUGCAGAGCUGUGCCAAUCAAUAUUCUCUAGGAGAGUCAUUUUGAGCUAUAACAGAGUUUAACUCUGUAAUAGAAGCAUUGCAGUUUCUAAAUGUAUUUCUGCAGCUGUAAUUAGUAUUCUUGUUCUUGUAUAUUGUGUUAAACAUAAUAUUUUUAAUAUUUUAGGUGAUGCAUGGACUAUUAAACAGCUGAGAGGCAAAAGCGAUGAAGAUUUACACAAACUCUGGUAUGUAUGGAAAUCUGUACCAGGCUACAACUGAGUAAGGGUUGGUUGAUAUUAUUAACUGAAAACUAUAGUGCCAGGAAAGUAAAGUUGUUUUUCUGGGAAUAUAACUCAGAGUUAAAAACCCCUUCUGUCAUUAACCUGAUUCCAGCACUGAUGUCCCACAGCGCUGGUUCGGGCUCCGCCUCUGUUUCUCCACUGCCGACGUCAGCCAGUGGCCUCGCUCGCAUUAGUAAUUCCCCAAUAGGAAAGCAUGUAUCAUGCUUUCCUAAGGGGUUUUACAUGACGCUGGAUGUUCUCGGGCAUAAUGCAAGGACGCCCAGCGUCAGGCGACCAGUAGUCCCUCUAGUGGCUGUGUGUUAGACAGCCAAUAAAGGUGGAGUUAACCCUCAAAGGUAAUUAUUGUGGAUUAAAAACUGCUAUAGCUACCUUUGCAGAGUUAAGGGACCUUGUACAAUGAGCUGAAGUGGUCUGGGUGCUUAUAGUAUCCCUUUAAGAGUGACAGUUUGCAUUAAAGUAAUAGGGAAAUUCAGCGCUUGGGGAUAGCCACAACUUGGUAGCUAUAACAUCUGCUGCCAAGUCAUGGCUUUCACUGGAAAACACAGAUGCCUCUUCAGCAAUGUAUAAGAACAAAAACUCCAUUAUAAGAGUAAAAUAUUGAGUCUGGAAAGGUUCCAUUUGGGAGGAAGCAUUUCUAGCAGUUCAGCAAUAAGAUGCUUUAAAACAAAUAUAACUUUUAUAUUUUAGAUUCCAUAUAAAUUAUACAAUUUUAAUAUAUAUAUAUUAAUAUAAUGCUUGCCAUUUUAGCACUAUUGCAAACAGCAGCUUGUUGAGGUGCUUUUUUUCUUUUAUUUUUAAGGUUUUUUUUUUUAGUUUUUUUUUUUAAAUGCAAGAUCUUAAAAAUGUAAUGACGUUGUAGGAUUAUUGGAUAAAUCAAAGUAGGUUGUGUUAGUUGAAGUGUCUUUAAGUGUGUCCUGGGAAUUGAAAGUAUUACAAUUGCAAGAUUAAAUAAUUAACUUUUCAGUGUAUUAAUAUAUUGAACUUUAAUAAUCGGUCCCUGCUAUAUGUUGUAAAAUCUGUUGUAAAAGUAAAAAUAGUUUCUUUUUCCUUUAGGUAUGUAUUACUGAAAGAGAAAAACAUGCUUCUAACAUUGGAACAGGAAUCCAAACGGCAGAGAGUAGCAAUGCCAAGCCAUGAGCGUUUGUCUAAGGUAACAAUAUGGGCAGUUCUGCUUCAGAACUAGUAUCAAUAUUUUCGUAGUGUGAUGUUUGUUUUGUAAUUAUAUAUUUAUGUAAGGCAUGUCAGUUUUAGAAGUCAUUAAUAACAGAGAGUUUGCAUAGAUAAGCAUCUAGUAAUAUAAGAAGGCAGCAAGUAUGCACAGGCCAAUACAAUCUGAGUAUGCAGUGACAUCAAAGGAACACUAUAGGCACCCACACCACUUCCACUCAUUGAAGUGGUCUGGGUGCAGUGUCCCUGUCCCCUUUAGUCCUGCAAUGUAGAUCAUUGCAGUUUUGAGAAAGCCCACUCUGUCAGAUGACAUCGGAGGAGAGGGAGCGCUGACCAAGUGACAUCGGCGCUGGAAUUGGGUAAGUGUUAAAAAGACGUAUUAUUACACAUAACUGCUCUGAAUCCUCAACGUUCUUCAGACCCAGACAGCCAGUCUGCUGGGAUAAUUGGUUGGUCUACUGCCUGCUGUGAGUGCUGAUCGUGGCUGGAAUAGGAGGCUAUUCUUGUUUCCCUGUUUCCACCCCCUUUAACCAGUGGAGGUUAUUCCUGUCCCCUCUGCCAAGGACAUCCUGUUGGUCUUGUAGAUCCGGCAACCAAUGAUGCCUAUACAGCCAGUCAGCACAGACCACCUAAGAUGACUGCCACCAGACACGCAUCAGAGUCAGUAAGGAGUGGGAGAACCUGGCAGGCAGUUUGGUGGUAUAUGAUCUCAUUUAUGUCCAAUUUUGGGGUGAAGCUUGCACAUAGGGAAUGUCCUGAGGUACCAAGUGGCAAAACCUAGCCUCUAGCAGCCACAAAUGCUUACCUGGACUGCAAGCUUGUUUGGAGACCCUGAAACAGUGGAAUCCUCUUCCCAGCGUACUUAUUAACUGGGAAGACCCUGCUGGCAAGACAGUGUAGUGAGGUUAAUUACAGGGGACUUCCCCGGGCUUGUUCAAUGGUCAGCUUACUCGUCCUCAGAUGCUAGCAAUGAGCCAAACCUGGGCCUAUGAAUGUGGUCAUUGGUCCAGUAAUCACAUCACAACAGUGCCUCUCGAAUGGAUGUGUGUUGAUGUGACCUCAGAUGCUGUGUCCAGCUGAUUUUUUUAUUUGUGUUAACUUUUUGGUUAUGUGAGGGAUAUAACCAAAUAGUUAUGUUAUGUGUCUAUUUUCUUGCAUUAUAAUUCUAAGUGAAGUAAUUGCUUUUUUGUAUGUAAACAUUUAAAAUGAGUGCCUUCUUCUAUAUUGCUAAUAUGACAGAUAUGGUUUACUGCUUUUGUCUGUUUAUAAUAAUGAAUGUAAAACUGCCAUUUUGUGACAUUUACUUGUUGAGUCUUCAAAAUAACUUCUCUCUGCAUAUUAAUAACAUACUUUAAGUGGAUUUUAAUAUUCUUAAAGGAACACACUGUUAUAAAAUACAACACAAUAUACACCCAAAGUGAUUGCACACAGAAUAUAAUUAGAUGUAUCAAAGCAGCACAGGUUCAAUAUAUCUGUAAAAAUACAAACAAUAAAAAUAUAGUGCUUUCUGUGUAUAAUAUAAAAUACAAAUAAAAGGUGAGAGGAAUCAAACUCACAAAGCUAGAGCCAUACCAGGUUCUAUGAAAUCAGCAUAUAGGGUGCCUAUACAGGCUAAAACGGUAGGAUGCCAGGACAGGAUACCGGAUCAAUUAAAAAUAUCCAUUUAUUGAGUACAAUUAAAAUAAGGAAUAUAAGGACAUGGAUUAAAAAAAAAAGAGAGAAAUAAGCAGUGUAUGUAAAAAUCUAUAAAAUAUCACCGCCAAAAGUCCAUUCAAGUCCAAUUCCAAAAUUCAGUAGACCGCAGACGCGUUUCAGCUUUUGCUUUCCUCAGUGCUUGUCCACUACUUCGCUCGAUCAGUUUAUAUAUCCUAUCUCGGUGUAAUUAAGAUCUUUCAGCUGGCAUCCAUUUCCGCAUCGACGAUAUGACGUAAUUUCCAGCAUGACGUCAGUACGUCAGCCGGUGUCUCAUUUCCUCUAUUGCACAAAUCUCCAUUAUGGUUAUGGGCAAAGAUGCCUGUAUUGUCCUCAUACAUAGUAUAUUAAAAGUAAGUGGGGAAAAAGAGGAGAAAUGCAGGUAUAAUACAAAACAAUGGUAAAAUGUAAUCGAAGGAAUAUUCUGAAAUAUAAAAAAAAAAACACUAAAGAAAUAUAUCUAAAAAAUAAUUAAAAAUGUAGAGAAUAUAUAUAAAACCAAGAAAAAAAUACUGGAUACAAAAAAUAUUAAAAAUUAAUUAAAUGAAAUGGAUAAACCCAAAAUCUACAUUAAGUCCCCUAGGGGACAAAGUAUCCAAAGUGAAAAUCCAUCUGCUUUCAGUUUUAAGUUCCUUAAAAUUGUCCUCCCCCCUCCAAUCGAAACUCUUUUAAAAAAAGCCAUUGGGAUAGGAUAUAUAAAGUGAUCGAGCAAAGUAGUGGACAAGCACUGAGGAAAGCGAAAGCUGAAACGUGUCUACUGAAUUUUGGAAUUGGACUUGAAUGGACUUUUGGAGGUGAUAUUUUAUAGAUUUUUAGAGACACUGCUUAUUUCUCUCUUUCUCUCUUUUUUUUUUUUUUUUUUUUCUUUUUUUUUUUGAUCCAUGUCCUUAUAGUCCUUAUUUUAAUUGUACUCAAUAAAUGGAUAUUUUUAAUUGAUCCGGUAUCCUGUCCUGGCAUCCUACCGUUUUAGCCUGUAUAGGCACCCUAUGUGCUGAUUUCAUAGAACCUGGUACGGCUCUAGCUUUGUGAGUUUGAUUCCUCUUACCUUGCUUUUAUUUGUAUUUUAUAUUAUACACAGAAAGCACUAUGUUUUUAUUGUUUGUAUUUUUACAGAUAUAUUGAACCUGCGCUGCUUUGAUACAUCUAAGUAUAUUCUGUGUGCAAUCACUUUGGGUGUAUAUUGUGUUUUAUUUUAUUUAUUCUAUGUGAAGGUGAUUAGGGGAGUACACCUUUUCUACACCCAAUCUUUAUUGUUACUAUUUUUUGAAGCGCCUACACAAACAUCUCUUUUGUUUUUUGUAUAAACAUAUUUAUGUACCAUGUUAGUCUUCCUGUUACUGUUUGUUUAUUUUAUCAGACCAUAGGUUAAAGUAAAAAAACAAAACAAAAAAAACACAUUCAAUCCAAGGCCAUUAUGGUUUCAUCACAGCAGCCGUUCUUCCUCUUCUGAAAUCAUCAUGGUUAAUGAUCUCGGGGUAAUACAGUGCUCACACUGGCUCUAUAUCCCAUAUGCAGCAAUUUGAUGCUUUUCAUAGAGAAGUAUUAUCCCAAUUUUUCUCUAUUAGAAGAAUAAUGGCGAUUUAGCAUCAUCCUGCUGGGUGUGAUGACACCAAACUUUACUGUCUGAUAGCCACGAGAGACCUUCUAACUGGCAAAUGUACUUCCUAAAAAUGGCAAUGUUAACUACAGUAUACUAUUAUAUAAAAACUAUCCAUCUGCCGGUGAUUUUGCAAGCAUGCGUAAAUUGAAUUUCAUUAUUUACCUGAUGAACUUGUCAUCCACAUAGGCGUGCGCAGUCUAUUGCAUUAGGGUGUGCACCCUAAAGCACAAAACACACGCCGCGUGUAUAUGUAUUUGUGUGUGUGUAAGGGUGCUGUGUGUGAGGGUGCUGUUUGUGUGCUAUGUGUGUGUGAGGGUCCUGUUUCUGUGCUGUGUGUUUGAGGGUGCUGUAUGUGUUUGUUUCCUGUAUGUGUUUGUUACCUGUAUGUGUGUGGGUGCUGUGUGUGUGUGGGUGCUGUGUGUGUGUGUGGGUGCUGUGUGGGUGCUGUGUGUGUGUGUGGGUGCUGUAUGCGUGUGAGGGUGCUGUAUGUGUGUGAUGUUGCUGUGUGUGUGUGCUGUAUGUGUGUGUGUGCUCAUCCACAUAUUUACUGAAAACAAUUUACUGAUUGAAUUUUUAAUGUUUCCAAAUUAAUGUAUAGAUGUUUAUGAAAGAUAAAUAUUUUCCAUUUAAAAUUGACGAAACUUUUUUUCACAUGAAUGCUAAAGAAAUAUUCUAACUAGCCAAGGACCUGAUUAUACUCUGCUUUAUACCUGCAGGUGAACAAAUCGAUGAAGAGGUUAGAUAUUGUCCUUAAGGAAAGAGAGGAUUCACUCAGGCUUUUACAGACCGGCCAGGAAAAGCCUUAUCCAGGAGAUUGGAGAAAGGAUGUCUUUGGGGAAACAAAUUGGUAUGGGAGUUUCUGUUCAACAAGUGCAGGGUUAUUCACUAAACCAGGCAUUGACAUGGGGAUUGCAAAUUUUACAAUAAAAUAGCCAACUUAUUAUAGCACAACUAUUUUGACCUAAAACUUGAAAUGCCAUUGCCAAUUUCCUCCAAAUUAUGAUUUAGUACAGACAGAGUAGCCCAAAUAGUGUGAAAGAUCCCUUCACUGAAUUUUAAUGUAAUGAGAUGCAAAUCUGUUAUUCAUACAAUAAUAUGGAAGGUCUUCCCAUUCACGUUGCCAGAUUUGAUAUACAUAUUGCCAUCGAUGCAACAUUGCACUAUAGUGUCAGGAAUACAAACAUGUAUUGCUGACACUAUAGUGCUGUAGUCACUGUUUAGGUGACCAACGCAGUUCAGUUCGUCACAAGCACAUUCCAUUACAAUACUGAUUUGUGGUUUCACUUUUGCUUGUUCAUUUGUUUAUCGAGAUCUCUAUUCUAUUAACAAUUGGCACGUCUAUUCUAUUUAUCCGGUAUCUCCUGCCCAGACCUUGGCUUGCUCUUUGAUUAUCCCUGCCCAGCCUUUCUAAGCACCAGUAAUACAGACUAUCCUUGUUUUCUGUUUCGAGUGGCAGUGGGUUUAUGUGCUAGGGUUCUCUUCUGAUGGGGUAUUCAUGUGAUUUUAAUAACUUUUAAUAAUAAUGUAUUUUUCAUAAAGGUACACAUACAAAGAAUGGCCUAUGCCUUGGUAUAUGAACAGAGGAUACAAGAAGAAGAAUUUCUUUGCAUUGCCAUAUGUUGAUCAUUAUGUUAGGUGAGUGUAAUAUGACUAUUAUUUAAGUAUUAUUUCAUGGCUUUACCAGAGAACAACCUAACAACCCAGUGAUUUUCAUGCAAGCUUCACAGCUUUCAGCAGUUUACAAAAGAUCUUGCUUAGGAAUUCAGGAGGAUUUUUCAACAUGUUUAGCUCAAUAUAUAAUUGUAUCAUACAGACGUGUUUUUAUAUAAGCAUAUGAAGGUAUUUAAUGCAUGAUAAUGAAUAUUAAUCCUUUUGUAUUUGCUAUUUUAGAUUAAAAAUUGAGAAGCAGUUACGUUGCAAAGCAAGACGAAUAAAUGCUGAAAAAGAGAAAAAACGUGAUCUGGAAGAGAGAUUUCCGCAUCUGGCUAAUAAAUCGUGAAAACAUAUUGUUAAAUAUAAAUGUAUCAGUUAUCUUAUGUUGCAAUGCUAAUAAAUUACUUUGUAAUAGUUUUUCUAUAUUAUCAGAGUUUAUGAAUAAUAACAUGUCUAUUUACCUAGCAGAGUUGGUGUAUCUGGUUCUUCAGUUGAUAUGAUAAUUUUUUAGACACUAGAGGUGACUAACUCUGCAAGUUUUUUUAAAAGAGAGUUCCCAAAAUUUGUUAAAAAAAAAUGAAUAGUCUGCAGAAGUACACAUUUUCACAUCCCCUCUCAUUAAAGGGUCACUCCAUGUACCACUACAGCUCUGGAAUCUCCCUGACACCUACCAGCGUCUUCUGUGUAAUCAGAAGCUCCUUGGAGCUUCGUUUUGCUUGUAGAGCAGGUGGCAUUAGGCGUCCAGUAGACCUAGGUAUGUUGUCAAACCAUUUGACUUUGUACCAUAUGAGGGUGCCAGGGCACUUAUUGCACCAUAAUCACUACAGUGCCACCCCUCUCAUUUUUGUCUGUUUUUUGAUGGCAGUAAUAGGCUGUGAGUGCUGGGCCCUUCUUAGCCUAGAGCUUGCAUGCGAUUAUUGCUGUCUAAAUUUGUACAAAUAUUAUGGUGGUUGCAGUGAGGCUGAACUCUAAGUGCUAGUAAAACUCUUGUGUAUUUUUUUGUUUGUGUUUUUGUUAUAUCCGAACAUUAGAACAGUUUGACAAAAACAAAAGGAACGACAAUAAGCAGUAGAAGUUUUGAUGUUAGGAGUGUCUCAGAGUAUUAAAAGGGACGCUCCAUACCACAAAAUCAUGUCAGCUUGCUAAAGUGCUUGAUGUGUGAAGAGUGAAAAGUACAGAUUUCAUUAGAAAUUGGCACUAUUAAUUAACCUUGUUACAUUCCUAUGCUGUCAACCAGGUCAGCUGGAGUUAGUAGGGGUUGACUUGCAAAGAGAUCUGCAGCUUUUGCAAGCUGUUUUUAGAUAUACUCCCUAUGCAAAAAUGCAUACUUAAAUGCAUGCAUGUCUUUAUUGAAUGUAUAUGGUUUUUUAAAUUUUUUUUUUAUUUUGGCAUUGGAGUGUCCCUUUAAGCCCCCUAUCUAGGUUCAUGUUUCAUACAACUCUUGAGACUAAUAGGAUAUGUAUAGGCAUUUAAAUAUUGGGUUUCUUUAGGUUCUCUACUGCAGUUCGUUAACCUUUUCUUUUCAUUCAUUUAUUUUCACUGCAUACUUUAGUGCACAGUUUAAACUAAAAGUUACAGGGACAAAUCUCUGUUGUUUAACUUUCUAUGACCACAGUUUUCUCAUUCACCAAAAAACAACUUAAUAAUCACUCCUUAGGGACAUGACAAGAAAUAUUCUUAAAUAGCAACAGAUUUGUGUGGUAUACAUGUUCCCAGAUUUAUUUCCUUUGGGCAUUUAAAGGCACAUUUCAAUUGAAUGUUUAUUAUCAUUUAUUCUAGCACAAGCAAAAGAAAAUUGCAAAGUAACUGCCAAAGGACAAAGCAAUACAGUUGAUUUUGAAGACAAGCUUACAGCUACAUUGCACUCUGUUUGCAGAGAAUCUUAACCUAGUGUUAAAAAUGGGCAAAAAAAAAAAAUAUAUAUCAUAUUCUUGGAAGGCGCUAUGGGCAUUUCUUCGCCAAACAUUGUCUUCCUCCUUCUUCAUAUUCUUGUUUCGAAAUGCACAGCUGUGGGAAGGAUGCCUAGAAAAACAGAAUUGUAAUACACUAAGUAAUAAUCAAUCAAAAGCAUUUCUCAUGUAAUUGUUAUGCCUUGGGAAUUGUUGCCAAUGCAUUUUAAUGUAGUAUAUACAUAUUGAGAAAUGUGAACAGACUGUUUGUAAAAAAUACACUAUACCAUUAUCAGAGUAAAAACUAACAUGCUCUGUUAUGUAUACGGCAUUCAUUUUAUCUGUCCAGUCUCUUUUCCACCUGUCUUUAAGAAAAAAUGGCAUACCAUCACAAUACAUGACUUCCUUAUCGCACUGAACAAAUAGUAUGAUGUAUAUCAAUGAGGCUUUUGGAAUCACAGGAAAAUAGAAAAAGAUAUGAGUUUCUACUAGCAAACACGGUAAAGUGCCCAAGUUAAUUCUACAACUCUCUUACAUAUCUAGGCUAGAGAUUAAAAGCAAUGAUAAUUUCCCCUACCAGCCAUGAGAUUUUCUAGGGUGAAAGCAUACUAUGCUGCAGGACAUUGCAAUGACAUGAAGGCCACAACCUAAUUACCAGCCUUGCAAUGAUCAGCCACAGCAUUAAAACCUCCUGCCUAAUAUUGUGUAGUUUUCCCUCAUGCUGCCAAAAAAGCUCUGAUGCAUCGAGACAUGGACUCCACAAAACUUUUGAACAUGUCUUGUGGUAUCUGGCAACAAGACAGCAGCAGAUCUUUGAAGUCCUGCAUGUUGCAUGUGUCAUGGAUCAGAUUUGUUGUUUACCUCUGACAUUAAUUCUAUAUGCAUGAGCAUACAAGAGAGGUCUGUACAGAAGUUCAAGCAGAAAGCAGGAUAUCAUAAAUUGUGCCGUUGGCACUGGUAUCCUAAAACAGGACUGUAUUUCCAGUUGGGGGAUAUGUCUGUGGUUGAACAGCACUGGUUGUGCACCUUGUUAAACUUAGAAAGUUUUAUACAAAUAGGAAUUUGAUUCUGAUAUUAUAAAAUGUAGCAGAACCACUUUUUGGCUGUUCCAUUCCCUUUUAUUGAUUGUUGGCCCUGCUGGUUGUGUGAUUAAAAGUUCAGUUCUACU